AUGCGAAAUGCGGUCUUUUUUCCAAGACGACGAAUCGGUAGCAGCCGCCGUUCGCAUGCGUGGGUGAACCGAGAUGGCCAGCAGGCAUUUCCACCUGCCCUGCUCCUUCAUCCUGACCUACUAUUGUUGGCAAUCCGGUUCCGUCGGGACUCUCUUGUUUCCAAACACCGUUCGGCCUUCGGUAGGGUUUCCCCCACGCCCACCGGGCUACACUACCUACAGCAUCCGACGCCAUCCGGUCUUGACCCCUCACUUCCAGCUGAUCAAGCAGCUUCUUCCCCCAGGAAAAAGGGUGCACUUCCUCAUUACCAUCCCUGGCAAGAAUCUUGGUUAGCUCCGAACCACAAAGUCCACAACCCACCAACGGGGGGGGAUCCAUCAUCCUAG